AUGGUUUCGAUUAUUGAGCAAUGCCAAGUUGCACCACCUACAUGUGCCAUAGAUAAACUAACACUCCCUUUAACUUGCUUUGAUACUUUAUGGAUAUUACAUAACCAUCAUAUACCAAGGAUUUUAUUCUACAAACUCCAAAAUAUUGACAAAAUUAGUUUCAUUCAAAACAUUAUUCCUACUCUCAAACAUUCACUCUCACUCACUCUCAAACACUAUCUACCACUAGCUGGCAAUCUUGUAUGUCCAUGGAAUUCUACCGGUUAUCCUGAACUACGUUAUGUAACAGGAGAUUCUGUAUCUGUUACUUUUUCUGAAACUGACAUGGAUUUCGAUUAUCUUGUUAGUUAUGAUCAUAUACAUAACGCUAAAGAUUUUCAUCCCUUUGUUCCUAAAAUGGCUGAACCUAAAGAUGCAUCCGGAGUCCAAUUUACACCGGUUUUAGCUAUUCAAGUGACACUUUUUCCGAAUCAUGGUAUAUCUAUUUCUUGCAUUAGCCAUCAUGUCGUUGGUGACGAAUCUACCAUAGUAGGGUUCAUAAAUUCAUGGGCUUUGCUCAACAAAAACAAAGGAAAUGAUGAUCAUGAUGAUAAAUUCAUCGUUCCAUUUUAUGAUCGUUCUGUUGUCAAAGACCCUUAUGGAUUAGGAGAUUGUAUAUGGGAAGAAACGAAGAAACAUAAGAAAGAGAUGAUGAGUGACAUAAUUGUAACUCCUCCUGAUAAUAAUAAUAAUAAUAAUAAUAAUAAUAAUAACAACAACAUGGUCCGAGGUACAUUUACUAUAAGACGAGAUCACAUUGAGAAACUCAAGAAUUUAAUUUUAUUAACACGACCAAGCCUGACUCAUGUAACAUCAUACACCGUAGUAGGUGGUUAUGCAUGGAGUUGUCUGGUAAAAUCAGAGAACGCGACUGAAAUAAUAGAUGAAAAUGUAAUGGAAUGUUUUGGAUGUGCAGUAAAUUAUAGAGCGCGAUUUGAUCCUCCACUCCCUUCAUCUUAUUUUGGGAAUUGUAUUAUUUGGUACAUUGCAAGUAGAAAACAUGUUGAUUUAGUAGGAAAUGAAGGGUUUAGGGUUGCAACGGAAUCGAUUGGAGAAAUUAUUUAUAAAAGGAACAAGGAUAAAGAAUACGUGUCGAAUGGCGAGUGGUUGAAAGAAGUUGGUGGGGCAUCCAAUGAAGGGAGAUAUCUUGCGAUUGCUGGAUCGCCAAAAUAUGACUUAUAUGAAGCUGAUUUUGGUUGGGGAAAAUCACAAAAAUGGCACUUUGUUUUUUUUGGGAGCGGCUUAUUGAUGUCUCUUGGUAAGUCUAAGGACUCGAAUGGAGAUUUGGAAAUUGGUUUAUAUUUACCUAAAACUCGAAUGAAUGCAUUUGCUACUAUAUUUAGUGAUGGACUCAGCGUCCUAUAGCCAGUUUUUUAUUUUAUGAAUUUUUAGAGAUGAUGGUCGAAAUUAUUUCUAUUAGUUGUUAAUUGACUAAUUUGUAUUUGUGCUUUUCUUUGAAUAAAUUUAAAUUACAAUAUGAA